AUGAAACGUGCAAGUAUUAUAUUAUCAAGAGGGCGUCGAAUAUGUGAUUUGCUCAAUAAUUCGAAUAUACAAAAUAACAACUCCGAUACACCCAUUGAAAAGGACAAUAUUUCAUUAAAUGAAAUAGAAUUAAACAGUUACUCUGAUUCAAACCUACUAAAUAAGAAUGAGUCUCCAUUACCAAUAAGCUUUAAUGAGUCGGAUAUUAAUGAGCUAGCAAACAUAAUUGAUGCAGAUAUAUUUGAUAAUAACCUAGAAGUUGCUUCCGAUUCUGAUACUGCAAAUCUCGAAACAUCGCACCCUUCACCUUCUUGUGGUACCAACCACUUGGACUACGACUGUGAUAAUGAUUUCUGCCCUUAUUAUAUACAAAAGGAAAACUUAUCAACUUUUGAUAUUUUGCCCGUACCCUCACCAGGUUAUCUGUCUAGCUGCUCAACGUAUACAACAAUAAACAAUUAUAGUCCGCUGUCAGAUAUUUCGAAUAAUAGUCCUAGCACAAGCGAUCGCCGUCGUCAACUAAGGAAAGAUAAAGGUAAUAUAAGAAAAAGACAUUUUAAUGAAUGGAUAGACACUAAGAGAAAGAAUUUACGUAAUAUGGGAAAAGAGUACAUGUCAAGAAAUGGUAAAAUUCAAGCAAAGAGAAAGAUGGGGCCGCCAUGUCAAUGCCGCAAGAAGUGUUUUGAUAAAUUAAGUGAAGGAAAAAGACAGAAGAUAUUUAAGAGUUUUUGGAAUUUGGGCAAUCGAGAAAAACAAUGGAUGUUUAUAGCCAGCUUAGUAAAAAAGCAAAAUAAACGCAGGGUCUACACAGAUACCACUUCAAGACGAAAGUACACGUUAAAGUACUCAUUGCCAGUAGAUCAUGGUGAAGAUAAUUAUGUGGAUGUAUGCAAAAAACAUUUCUUAAGCACUAUUUCCGUCAGUGAUCAGGUUAUUAAUAAGGCCCUAGAAAAGAUGGCUACGACUACUGGAGUAUUAAUUCCAGAUCAAAGAGGAAAACACUCAAACCACCCUGUAAAAAAGACAGAGUCUGUUAUAACCAGUGUGUGUGACCAUAUCAAGAGUUUGCAGCCAGUUGAGUCACAUUUUACUAGGCAAAGGUCAAAUAAGUUAUAUUUGGAUGGAGAUUUAAAUUUUCAUAAAUUAUUUGAAAUGUAUAAUGAGUGGCUUCAAUCUAAUAUAUAUGAAGAGAAAGCUAAAUCCGAACGUCUAUAUCGAGACAUUGUAAAUGAAAACUUUAAGCUCAGUUUUCAUAUUCCUAAGAAAGAUCAGUGCGAUCAGUGUCACAUCUUCAGGAAUAUUAAAGGUCCAACAGAACUGCAAGUCAUCGAUCAUGAAAUUCACGUCACUAACAAGAAGUUAUCCUGA